AUGGACCGAACUCGUGUGGAAUUGCCAGAUGGGCACCUCGUGAAUCUCUCGCCACGACCUUCACGUCAAGGGCCAUACAAAGCAUAUCGAGCCGACUAUAAAGUUACGCCCACAGAGCUCUCUGCAACAACUCCGCCUCGCUACCUACCAAGACCAACAGACCAUGCCAAUGCAAGCGACGUGUCUGAUUACACAUUCCAAGAAUCAAAGCCUACCAAGCUCCCCGUGCCCAGGGCUUUGGCUGACAGUCACAACGAUCCAUCGAACAAAACGCCUAGUCCCUCCGGACUCCCUAAGCCAACCACGCCCGUUUACUCUGUGCGACGGCCCGGUAACCAAGCUAGCUCUUCCGACAAAAGCCGCGAACAAGGCUGGAGGAAGAUUCAGGACAAGUUUGAGAAAGAGUCCCCGAUAUCAGAGAAAAGUGCCCAGAGCAAGGAAAGCCGGAAUGACGAAUCGCCAAUCUCACGCAUAUCGUACCAACGCAGUAGGCCCACGAAUUGCACGCCCACAAACCUGGGAAGCCAUCGAGCAGGCGGUGUACAAUCAGGUAUUCCCAGUCCGAGCACUGCGACUAGCAGUCCAGUGCAAGCCGCAAGAUCCAAUGCUUCCAUUUCCCGUCCUGUGGACAGCCUGAACAAAUGGCGUAAACAGGGCGAUCAAUGGAUCAACAUGGAUGUCACCGGAGAUACACCUCACAAGUCUUCGAGAACGGAUACGACGGUCGAUUCCAGCCCUAGAUCUCAUCCUUCCGUUUCUCCAGUAUCUACUGAGGACAGCUCAGUGACGGACUGGGAAGACCAAUUCGUUGUGAACAUGCCAACUGCGAAAGACCCCAACCCUCCAAUGAUGACGGCUCAGCAAAUUGCCGAAUACCAGAAGAGCAUCGAACGAGUGCACCGAGAGGGCGGGCAAAUGCAUCAGCAACAGCAACAGCUUUCCUAUCAACAGCCCCAGGCUCAACCUCAACCCCAGGCUGGCGCAGCGUCGCAGCGUCAAGCAGUAAACCACUACUACAGCCCAGAUGAGAUCGGAAACAACCGCAUCAGCACAAUAUGGGAAGAAUCGCCAACGAAAGUCAAGGAGAAGCGACAUCCACAAAAUGCAGACGGUUCUUUUUUAGGGUGCAGGGAAAUCUCCGGGGAAAAGAAUCCAGACGAAAUCCUCACAUUCGCUUCCCCAGAGGAUGCCAGUCUUCAACCGCGUCCAUUGGCCUUAACUUCCAAGAAAAACAAGCAGAAGGCGACAAAGGAAGUGAAGUCAACGACAUCCCCACAAAUCAUGCACAGAGUGGCCGAGACAACAAAUCUUCAACGAGAACAGCCAACAACUUUUCGGAAUACGACCCCUGUCCAAUGCCCGAAGCAGUCGACAAUGUGCCAGGACCAGAGUUGCCCCUCGAACCCAACCGAAAUCCCGAGGAGAUGUUCUCAGGACUCGGGCAAGAAGAACUUCCAACCUACCAACAUCCCGCACAAUUCGACCGAACAGCCAGGGGGCCUGGGAGGAGGUCGGGGGGACGACGAUGUGUUCAUUAUCACACCCACUAUCACACGCACUAUGAUUCCCACACCGGACAAGAGCCCUUCUACGCCAAAGCCGCAAGGGCUGCGUCGUCCUGGUGGCACAAGUCCCACCAUAACCGCCGAGGCCAUCAAGGCCGUCCGGGCAAAGGCUCAGAUGAUCUCCACUCCAUCAGGGUUGCGGCCCGGGCUGCCGAAGUUGAACGCCAAGCCGACAGGCCCUACCUUGACCACUUCCCACACUUUUCCUCUCAGCAGCAUAUCCACCAGGUUCGAAGAACAAGGCGACAAAGAAACAGAUCGAGUACAAGAUCGCCCACCCGAACGAGCCGCAGGGGCAGCGUCACACACUAUCCGUGGCUUCAUCCGUACUUCCGGGCUCGUGAGAUCACCCACCGAUAGUCUUGCCACGAUAUUACGCAACGGGACCGAGUCUCUUCGUACCCGGGCCGAGUCUCUGCGGACUGCCUCCGGAUCUCUUCCGCGUGCGAAUCGGAAGCAAACACCCAGCCCUCAACCAACUCUUCCAUCCCGGGACAAUUCGGAAUCUUCACGAUCCGAGAGGUCAUUCCAUUCUGCGGAAGAUACACAAGCCAUCUCGGGAAACGUCCCUACCUCGCUGCCAAAAGUGGUCACGACGGACAACAGACCUGCUGAAACCGGAAAGAUGGAAUCCAAAUUAUCUCCUUCAGGAUCGGAAGCCUCAAACAAACCUGUGACAAAAAGGGUCACUUUGUCAGAGAAACCUCCCUUGACGCACAAAUCAGACAAACUUCCCACGUCAACCAGAAAGAUCUCUGCGCUGGCAAAGCCCUCCAAGUUAAACAAACCAAUCAAGUCUGCAGAUCCAGCCUUGUCUGAAAGGCCCUCAGUUGCUAAGGCAGAGAAUGUCAAAGCCCCACCAAAGAAAGACGAACGAGCGAAGUCCCUGCCUCGUCUGCGUACCGCUGAUGAAGUACUAGAAAUUGCGGAGCUCGAUGGACUUCAGGUUGGCACCCCCAAGGAAUCGCUACAGUCCAACAUCACCGAUGUAUAUGCCGACCUAGGCAAUAUGCACUCCCAAGACAAAGAUGAUUCCGAAGGGCCGGGGGUCAGCCCCUUAGCCCUUUCCCUUGUUUUCAAUAUCCUUGUCGUUGCCGUCACACAAGUGAACAGAGCUUUGCGAACGGGCGCUGGCAGCCCUUACUCGAAGUUUGUCGUCAACAACACCCUCAGCAUGGCAGGUCACUGCUGGGGUGUUUUCAGUUGCAUCUACACCGCAGUGUCUCGCUACCAAGCUACGGGUACCUGGCCCAAGGCUCGCAGUGAUAAAGCAAUUAGUCGAUUUAUGGUAGAUCUGUUGCAGGCCGUUGUCUAUCUCUUUAUCCUUGCUUUCGCAGCCAUGCUGAUCGGUCGCACUGCUGGAUACGUCGUUCUUGUGAGCAGCUGGAUCGUGUGGUUUGUCAGGCCUUUUGCCUGGGCCUUUCAAUGUGUCGGUCGGGCUUUGAUAAUGUAA